UGUGUGGAAAAUAAAAGUACAAGAGCCGAUGGAUUUGUUCAUCCUCCGAAAGAUCCCGUCAAACUUCUUGAGAUUAUCGCCAGAUGGGGUAUUGUAUGAGUUGGUCAUUGAAGAAUACCUUGGCUUCUGAAGUGGGACUCAUCAACUGAUAAUCCUCUUGCUCUUUGUUGUAUCGUUCGACUAUCGAUCUAAUGCUGACAAGGGUUUCGUCAACGCUUUUUUUCCUGCUAGAUCCAGACAUACAGCUUAAGAGGUCAAAAACUCCAAUUAUUGGUGAAGUUCACCUAAGCAACUUAGAAGCAGAUGUCAGAUGUGGGAAGGACGUGUAUCUUCCAUUCUUGAAAGCGAGUGAGGUUUUUGAUUGCUCUGUCGUCUAUGGACUUGGGUGUAGCAGUAGCAGAAACAGUAGAACACUAGGGGCUUAAAGGUUUCUUGAGAGUUUUAUGAGGAUUUACGUGUAAGGGAAGAAGUUUAUUUACUAACUGCAUUGUGAGAAGGAAAAAAAAAAGGUCUAGUGGUCUCAAAUCUGAAAGGUGCAUAAAAGGUCUACUGAAUGCAAACUCCUUUUGGUGAAAGCAUGUCCACUGUCCAGAAAUGGUUAUGAACUUAGAAGAGUUUGCUUGCUUUAUUCACCACUUAUAUAGUCUUUAUUUGUAUUUUCCUUUACCCUAUUUUCCUGGGAUCAUAAGAACUGGGAUCAUAAGAACUUUGUUUAAGAAAUGAGUGGAUGUGACUUGUCCAAUUGCUUAAGAAAUGAGUGGAUAGAGCUGUUGUGCAUUAGAAAAUUGUGAUGCAACUGCUUCAAAGUGGUAAAUCAUCCAACUUUACUAUGCAUGGACUUGUAGCUUUACCUAGUGACUUUGCUGGAUAUUUGUAGUUUAUAAAUAAUAUGUCAUCCAACCAAAGUUAGUUUGCAUUGGGUUCAGUAUCAGUGUCAUUUUCAUAGCCUCAAUUGACAGAUUUCAUGCUGUUCUGAGGCAGGCUUAUUUGAGUCCACCGUCUCUUCGUAUGCACAAUAUAGAGUACAUAUACGCUUGUACAUACAUUUAUGCCAACUCG